AUGCUCUCCAUCCAAAUUCUUCUCGUGGGAGCCGCAUUUUUAUGCCUUGUGCAUCCUUUGCUGCUGUAUCUUUGGGACCGGAAAAGGCUACGGCGUUUUCCCAACCACACUAAGCUGUCUGGCAUCACCGGCCUCGGCUACGUCUACGAACGCUGCCGCGGCUUUCGUUCCCGUAGCCUCCACCUUGCCCAUCAACAACAUCGCAUUAUUCGUAUCGGACCGAAUUCCCUCUCCUUCUCCUCGCCCGAGGCGAUACGUUCUAUAUACGGGCACUCGACGCCAUGCUACAAGGGAGAUAUGUACGACUUGACCAGAGGAGGUCACGCGAAUCUCCUUGACGUGGUCGACAAGGGCGAGCACGCUCGCAAGCGCCGUCUCUUGUCCAACGCCUUCGCAACGCGCAACGUCCAGCAAUGGGAGUUCAAGAUCGCUGACAAGGUCCGAAGGCUCUUGGCGCAGUUCGAUGCCUCCUGUGGGAAUGGUGGCCAGGGCCAAAUCGACUUCCGCAGGUGGACAAACCUGUUCACCGUUGACGCCAUCACUGACAUAGCUGCCAGCUAUCGUACGGGCUGCCUCGACCGUGGUGAUGAUUUCAUCAAGUUUUCGGGCGGCGAUGGGGACGAGAGGAGGUGCCGAUACAUUGAAUGCCUCCAUGCACCCCGCCGCUUGAAUUCGAUCGUGGUUUGGUGCGGCUCCUGGUUUCCAUGGCUCCGUCGGAUAUUGGGCCUGCUCCCUGGCCUACGCUCUCGAUGGCAGAAAGGACUCCUCUUCGACGAGCUGGCUAGUCACGUUGCAUACCAACGUGUCCAGCGACACGUGGACGGGGAGGAGGUUGAUGAUUUGGUGGGCAGUCUGCUUCAAGAUAAGCAAGGUCUUCCACGUAAUUUGGACAUCGGCGAGGUCACUGCAGAGAUGAUCCUUUUCAUGGACGCCGGCUCAGAUACAACCGCCAUCGCCUUGACUCACGUUAUGUACUAUCUCCUCCGAAACCCUGAGGCCUUGUCACGUCUUCGGCAAGAAGUAGACGAGGCUGUUGCGGCGGACGUUGUCAUCGUCCCAGACGCGACGGUCAGAAACCUCCCUUACCUCCGUGCAUGCCUCGACGAGUCGCUUAGGCUCUCGCCACCCGUUGCGUUUGGGCUGAACCGCAAGACCCCGGAGGAGGGCAUGCACAUUGACGGCCACUGGAUCCCUGGCGGCACCACGGUCGCCGUCCCUGCCUACACUGCACAUCGCAACCCGGAUGUCUUUGAUGGGCCCGAAGAGUUCCGGCCUGAGCGAUGGCUCAGCGAUGGCGCGAAGAAGGCCCAGGCGUCCUUCAUUCCGUUCAGUACGGGCGGAAGGGGCUGCAUUGGACGCAACAUCAGCUAUAUGGAGCAGAGUAUUCUUGUGGCGACUCUCAUUCGACGGUAUGAUUUCGAGCUGCCAAGUCCUGAUUGGCAGCUGCAGUGGGAGGAGGCUUUUAAUCUUUGGCCUGGACCGAUGCCACUGUCGAUUCGAAGGAGGGUUCCAAGCUCAGACUGCGUCCAGUAG